ACGCGAUCGCCCGCACAAGUGAGAAGCGACCCAGGUCGGACUACUCACUUCGUCUUAAACCAGUAUUUAUUUUUACAUUUUUAAUUCACAAAUGUUGAGAUUGGUACUCAUAGUGUAGAUUUCGUAGUCGGCCAUUUUGUUUUGAGUUCGUGUGCAAAAUGGCUUCCAACUACACGGACGUGAUCGGGCCUAUGGCGUAUCCAUUGAAAAUGGUUGCCAGAGAGGUGGAAGAGCACAUGCUGGGAUGGAACAUUCCCGAAGAACACCAAGACAUGGUUCACGAGCACUGGCGCGCGUUCCCCGCCGUCAGCAAGUACUGGCACUAUUGCUUGGCGCUCAUCUACACCAUGCUUAUGGUGACGUCGCUCACGGGCAAUGGAAUCGUCGUGUGGAUCUUCAGCACUUCAAAAUCCCUGCGCAGCGCCAGCAACAUGUUCGUGAUAAACCUGGCGAUCUUCGACAUUAUGAUGAUGCUGGAGAUGCCGCUACUCAUCAUCAACUCCUUCUACCAGCGGACUGUUGGCUACCAGCUCGGAUGUGACAUCUAUGCUGCACUCGGCUCACUGUCUGGUAUCGGAGGUGCUAUUACCAAUGCCGUCAUUGCCUUUGAUAGAUACAAAACCAUAUCCUGCCCGCUGGACGGCCGCAUCAACAGAGUGCAGGCGUCCCUCCUCAUCGUGUUUACCUGGUUCUGGGCCAUGCCCUUCACGAUCCUGCCCUGGGUCAAAGUGUGGGGGAAAUAUGUACCAGAGGGCUUCCUAACGACGUGCUCGUUCGACUUUCUGACUGACGACCAGGACACGAAGGUGUUCGUGGCCUGCAUCUUCGUGUGGAGCUACUGCAUUCCCAUGACGCUCAUCUGCUACUUCUACUCCCAGCUCUUCGGUGCGGUACGCCGCCACGAGCGUAUGCUCCAAGACCAAGCCAAGAAGAUGAACGUGAAGUCGCUGGCGGCGAACAAGGAGGACGCCGGCAAGAGCGUCGAAAUCCGCAUCGCUAAAGUGGCCUUUACUAUUUUCUUCCUAUUCGUCUGCGCGUGGACGCCGUACGCGUUCGUUGCGAUGACUGGAGCAUUUGGAGACAGGAGUAUACUGACGCCAGUGGCGACGAUGAUCCCGGCGGUCUGCGCUAAAGUGGUGUCCUGUAUAGACCCAUGGGUGUACGCCAUCAACCACCCCAGAUACAGGGCCGAGCUGGAGAAGCGGCUGCCAUGGCUGGGCGUGCGCGAGCAGGACCCCGACGCGGUGUCCACCACAACCAGCGUCAACACGGCCACCACGGGACCCCAGGUUGAGGCCUAAACACUUGAACAUCCUGCCCUGUCUGACGUAAUCUGUACAAAUCUCAUGACAAGCAAGGCAACCGUUGACACAGAUUUUUAUAUUU